AUGAACAGAACGGUGGCGCUGCGGCGGCGGAUGAUGGAGGCUGCGGCGGUGCUGGUCAUCAUGAUGCUGCUGGUGACUCCCACAUCUCCGACGUGCCACCCCUCGCCGCCGUCUCACCGGCCGAGCCCCAGCCCCCAUCGCGGCGGCGGCGCGUGCAAGCAGUGCGUAGUGGAGCAGCUUCAGUACGGGUGCCCGAAAUGCACUCCGAUCCUCCGCUGCAUGGCGCGGUGCUUGUGGGGCGGCGCCGCCAAGUCGAAGUGCGUCGAGAAGUGCGACUGCGGCGGCGGGAAGCCAACACUCGCGGAUUGCAGAGGUUGCAUGUCUAGGUGCAAAUGCAGCUGUUUGUGA